GUUACUUACUUGCUGAAAAUUUGACACUUUAACUUCUACAUACAUAACAACUGGCUGACUGGCUGUGUAAAGUCAUAUUCCGAAUUUAUUUGUCCAGCGAACCUUUUAUAAAUUGAGGGACAAAAACGGAAAUCAUGGCAGACCUUGGCGUCAAAGCAGGAGAUCAUGUGCUGUUGGUUUGGACUCAGCCCUCAGCGCCAGCAGCCCUGAAAGAGUAUGCAGAAGAACUGGGGGCCAUUGUUGGUGCAGGAGGCAAAGUAUCAGUGGAGAACAUGGAGAGAUUAUUGAUGUCUUCCCAUUCAGCAUCUGCCUUUGACUGGGUGCUCUCUUGCCUUCUGGCUGACAGCACCUCCACCCACAGUGCAGACACUCUUGCAGAAAUUGCCAGAGUGCUCAAACCUGGUGGGAAGCUAAUCCUGGAUGAAGCAGUUACAGGAGCCGAGGCGCAGAGUGUGAGGACUGCAGAGAAGCUGAUGUCAGCUCUGAAGUUGUCAGGAUUAAUGUCAGUAACAGAGGUCAGUAAAACAGAACUCAGUCCUGAGGCAUUAAGUUCCCUCAGGACAGCCACUGGUUAUCAAGGAAACACUUUGUCCAGAGUCCGAGUGUCUGCCUCCAAGCCCAGUUUUGAAGUGGGGUCGUCCAGCCAGAUUAAACUUUCCUUUGGGAAAAAGACACCGAAGCCAGUGGAAAAACCUGCUCUGGAUCCCAACACAGUCAAAAUGUGGACGCUGUCAGCGAAUGACAUCGAUGAUGAUGAUGUGGACUUGGUGGACUCUGAUGCUCUGCUGGAUGACGAGGACUUAAAGAAGCCAGACCCUGCCUCUCUGAAGGCCCCAGGCUGUGGGGAUGGAGCUGGCAAGAAGAAGAAAGCCUGCAAGAACUGCACAUGUGGUCUUGCUGAGGAGUUGGAGGAGGAGAGUAAAGGAAAACAGAAGACGAACCUGCCAAAAUCUGCCUGUGGAAGUUGUUACCUUGGUGAUGCAUUUAGAUGUGCCAGCUGUCCGUACUUGGGCAUGCCUGCGUUCAAACCAGGAGAGAAGAUCUUGCUGGACAACAAGACACUGACAGACGCUUAAGACCAUGAUACACAUCAAACAGCUACUGAUCUGAAACCUACAUUCCCUUUUAGCUUCUCAUCUACCCUGCAACAUCUUCCAGGACACAAGUCCCUCUGAAAAAAACAGAGCUGCAAGCUGACUUUUCAGCCUAUGAAGGGGAUUUCCACACAUCUGUUUGUUCAAUGAGAGCUUGAUUUUGACACACAAUCUUGUUUCUGAUGUUCAGAUUGCUGCAAGUUUGAAAAUGAGGGAAAAAGAGAUUUGAUUGAAAUGUUUAUUCUGCUGCUGUUAAUGCAAGCUAUGCUAUGAGAGAAAAAUUGGAGGAGUUUAUGAUGUACUUGAAAGCACUGAAAUUCAUUUGUUAUCGUUGUUUUAAUUUUAGUUUCUAUUUACAUAUGAUCACUCAAAAUCGUUACCGUAGAAAAUGGACACACUUUCACCAAUAAUCAAACAUGCUCCAAAUAAAACAGUACAAUGUCCUA